AUGUUGAAGAACAAAGUUGUAAGGUAUGAGAUUAGUCAUCUGAAGGUGAUAAUGAAUAUGACCUUGGUUAUGACCUUCAAGAUCACUUGA